UCAUUGUACCUUUCGAGGUCCAGAAAGUUAAAAUAGUCAGCGUGACUACAGUGUCACAGACACGUCAGGUUCCACCUCACUCCCUUACCCACGCACCCAAUCACCGGAGUACUGAUCACCGCCACCUGCAACUCAUUAUCACCAUGAUCACCUCACUACUUAAGCCCCACACUCACACACACACAUUGUCCGGUCUCGUUCGUUAUACACAAGUUGUAUGCUUACCUCAAGGACUCCCAAAACGAUACUUACCUGUCUCCAUACUCUCCAUCGUCUCCAUCGUCUCCUGGUCUCCUCGUGUCUCUACCUACCUGUGUGUGUGAGUGUUCCCGUCUGCCAGCUCCAACGCCUUCAUCUGCAACAUAAACAAAGGACAGUAUUACCUCUCUUUCAUCUCCAAGUUCAUCUUAUCCAUCAUUGCAUUUACCUGUUGCUCUGCUGAUUGUCUCAAUAAAACCCCAAACUGCUUCUACAUCUGUCUCCGGUGUCUAUACUGUAACAUACAGUGGUUCAACCUUAAUGUUAUGAAGCAACGAGAAUACUUUUGGUGUGCAAAAACAAAACAACAUAACAAAAAUAGCGAUUUUAUUUACCAAUUUGAACUUGGCCUGCAAAAUAAAAUGGCCUGCAACCUUCUUACACUAUGUCUACAUUCAAUGCAUCCAAGGACACAUCAAAGGGAAUAUUUCAAAUCCAUUUGUGCUGUUGUCAGGGGUGGUACAAGAGUGUAGACAAUUAUAUCACUUAUUAUAAUGGGCUGCUUUGCGUUUUAAAUGAGGAUGAUAAUAAUAACUAAAAUGUGAGUGGUGCUUGCAGUGGCAAAACUCGGCAUCCGGUUGCUAAGUGUUUCCUGCCUGUUGCUAUGGUGUUGCUCUGUGGUUGCAUAGGUGUUCUGUGUGUUUGCUAGGGUGUUGCUAUGUGGUUGCUAAGGUGUUUCUUCUCCCUGUACUUCUUGCUGAAAGGGGAUUGGGGAUUUGCAGGCUCUGUCAGUUUCGCCAUCCUGCUUAGACUUUGCUCCUGGACUGAUCAAGGCUAUUUUGCACCCUUACCAGAUCUACAUACUCCACACUAGCCAGUGAUGGAAGUCAGAGCAGCUGUUAAUUUGUUUAUGGGGGCCGUAACUGGGGCGGCCGCAACAAACCAAACUAUGUCACAUUGAGUGAGGGAUAUUAUUGCUCUAGCCUAUGAGGUCAAGCUUCACCUCUAGGUGUUAGGGCUGAUUCUACCAGGGGGUUGCAUCCUCCAGGACUUUAGCAAGAGGCGCCCCUUGCAGCAAGUAUGCAAUGUGGCAGGCUGGUCCUCUCCGCACACAUUUAUUAGAUUUUAAUGAUUUGGAUGUUCAUGUUACUCCAAGCUCACAUGAUAUAUGAUAUGAUAUGAUAUGAUAUGAUAUGAUAUGAUAUGAUAUAGCACUUUAUUGUUAGACGAGUCUGAAAUUUUUCUUGCAUAAAAGUAUCUAUGUUUACAACAAUCAACUCUCUCACAUCAACAUCAUGUAACUCUUAAAUGCAUGACUGUUUCACCAAUCAUUCUUACAUAUUUGGGUCUUUAGCGACCCGGAUCUAUAUCUAACAUGGAUCUCUACCUGUCACGAUAAUAUAAAACUUCUCUGAUAUUAGAGUAACAAUUACAAAAGAAUAAAAUAAAACAUAUUUUGUUACCUUUUGGAGCUUGGAAGGGCUCAUUUGGAGAAGAUGUUUUAUGUCUUCAUCACUGUCCUUGUCAGAGCUCAUUUCCCAGUACAUUCAGCAAAUUACAGCUUUGAGAAUAUGUUUGAGAUCACGAAUAUUAGCCCAUUCACGACCUCAAAAAACUAUAUCAUUUUCAACAUCUUCAAAAUCAAUAUUUUGAUCGCUGACAACUUAACCAGAUCCAUCAAGUGACAGUGACACUAACAUUUGAUUGCUUUCAGAACUUGCUCUGCAGUAGCCUUAAUCGCAGAGACAUUUCAUGUUUUGCUAAUGAUACUUCCUAUUCUCAGGUUUUCUGUCUGAAUGAAAUGCCACUUCAUCGUUGUGUAUCAGACAUUGCCACCUUGUGGAAUAAAGUUGCUCAAUGCACCAAAAAGUCCACACCCAAAGGUGAAUCAGAUACAAGGUCAGAAAUCUUACUCUGCUCAAUUUGACAACUGAAUCGACGACAGUCUCCUCUCCCACGCAUUAUCCUGAGAAAAAAGACUGACCAUGUAUGCAGUUGUCACCCUGCAAGACUCAGAUGAGGUGAUGGUGGCACCAUCACAUUGGUUGAGCACAGACAAGAAACAAAGUUACUGGCCCCCAUUCAGAUCACCAGAGAAGUGCAUGGAAGCUGUCCAGAACAGACUUAAACCUGAAACAGGAGGGAAAACAUGGGAGAAAUUAAAUAUUAGCUUUCACAAAGAAUAUGUCUCUUUUGAUAAGGCAAUAGAGGGGCAAAAAGAAAUUACAGAACAGAAAGAACGAUCUUUUCUAUUAGCCACUGGAUUCCCUGGAGUACUAAAAAGACAAAGACUUGAAAGCACUCAAGAAAUGUCAAAAAACCCACUUCACCCUACACCAUCUACAUCCAGAAUGUCAGCUGAUGACAAGGAUGAGCUCCUCCAUAUGCUGAGAGACAUCAAGAGCACAGUUCAGGAAAACUCUGGCAUGUUAAAGAAACUACUGAAAGAAAAUACGGUUUCUGAAUCCCCCAGCAGUACCAGCUUGCCCAGUAAAGAUGUUAAAACAAGCAUAAAUCUGCCUCUUAGAACCUCUGAAGAUGUGGUCAGGACUGAAAUGGAGCUCAGUAAUGCAGCAACACGCCAAAAAUAUGUAGAACAUCUGUCAAGGAUUAGAGGUUUUGGGGCCAAGGAUGUCAUUCAGAAUAUUAUGCAACGCGUCCUAACAGAUGAUCUGGCUAUGGAGUUCAACUGGCAGGGGAGAGGAGAGAAAAAGGCCUUCUCUAGGCUUAUUUUAGCAGAUGUAAUACGAGAUGCUGCAUCAAAACACAGUGUAAUGAGGGCAGACUGUGAAACUGAAAUAAAAAAUUAUUUGUGGUACACAAUUGAUCGAAUUGGUCGGAAGAGACCAAAAGUUUGUGGAGAUAUGACUUCAGAAGUGACUUCUCCCACACUGCUGGACAAUGCCUUCCAGUCAGAGAUUGGAAUGUAUUUUAUCGAUGACUGAGUUUUGGAACAUUUACUCAUAGGUUAAUUACAGAUUAAACUUUCAUUUUGUAUAGAACUAUAGGCUGUGUGUACUGGACUUAGCAUGACAUUGUGUGCUCCAAAUAUUGGUUCUUGUGAUAAAAUGUUAUUUUUUUUUUUCAUAACUCAAAUGUAUGCAAAAUUUGUUGUAAAUAUUUUUUAAUCUACAUAGGCUAUUUCUGUCUUUUUUUAGUGUUUCAUCAAUAAGAUUUAAUAAUUAUAUUAAACCAUAAUUACACAUGACAAGUUUUACAAUACUGAAAUUAGAUGUCAAACAUCGGAUUAUUGGGUGACUAUUGGGGAAUCUUCAACUGAUGACUGUGACAAAUUCACUGACUGUACAAAGAAUUAAAGGUGCCCUAGAUUCAAAAAUUGAAUUUACCUUGGCAUAGUUGAAUAACAAGAGUUCAGUACAUGGAAAUGACAUACAGUGAGUCUCAAACUCCAU